AUGGCGGAACAUCUCAACGGGCGUUACAUACUGGAGUCUCAGGAAAAUCUGGAAGAAUAUCUCAAAGCUCUGGAGCUAAACAUCGCCCUGAGGAAGGUUGUUCUCUUCUUGCGCCCAGAAAAAGAAUUUGUGGUGGACGGAAACCACAUGAUCAUUCGCACACUCAGCACCUUCCGUAAUUACAUUAUGGACUUCACGCUUGGUGAGGAGUUUACGGAGGACCUCAGUUCUAUUGAUGGGCGAAUCUGCAAG